GCUCCUUCGCCGCCGCCCUCUCCUCCUCGCGCUGCUGGCUCGCUCUGCUCAGCUCAGCGCAGCGCAGCUCGGCAGCCGCCAAACCGAGGCGGGCACAGUCUCCGAGUCGCCAGAGCUGCUCAGAGCUCCUUUCCUCCGCCUGGGCUCUUCCAGGUAUCGCUUCUGCCGGGACCACUUCAGGCAGCAGUCGCUUGGUGAGAGCCGGCGACACAGCACAAAGUUGGGGACCCGCGAGGAUGAGGCUGCCUCCUGCGCCCCUGAGGCUAAGCCGGAGUCCGGCGCUGGUGGCCCUGGCUCUGCCCCUGGCCUUGGCGCUGGCCUUCUCCGACGAGACCCUGGACAAAGUGGCCAAGUCGGAGGGCUACUGCAGCCGUAUCUUGCGUGCCCAGGGCACAAGGCGCGAGGGCUACACCGAGUUCAGCCUCCGCGUGGAGGGUGACCCCGACUUCUACAAGCCAGGAAGCAGCUACCGCGUGACACUUUCAGCUGCUCCCCCCUCCUACUUCAGAGGCUUCACAUUGAUUGCCCUCAAAGAGAACAGAGAAGGUGAUAAGGAAGAGGACCAUGCUGGCACCUUCCAGAUCAUAGAUGAAGAAGAAACCCAAUUUAUGAGUAACUGCCCAGUUGCAGUCACCGAAAGCACCCCACGGAGGAGGACACGAAUCCAGGUGUUUUGGAUAGCACCACCAGCAGGAACAGGCUGUGUGAUUCUAAAGGCCAGCAUCGUACAGAAACGCAUCAUUUAUUUUCAAGAUGAAGGUUCUCUCACCAAGAAACUUUGUGAACAAGAUUCCACAUUUGAUGGGGUGACUGACAAGCCAAUCUUAGACUGCUGUGCCUGUGGAACUGCCAAGUACAGACUCACAUUCUAUGGAAAUUGGUCUGAGAAGACACAUCCAAAGGAUUACCCUCGUCGAGCCAAUCACUGGUCUGCGAUCAUUGGUGGAUCCCACUCCAAGAAUUACGUGCUGUGGGAGUAUGGAGGCUACGCCAGCGAAGGUGUCAAACAAGUUGCAGAGCUGGGCUCUCCCGUGAAGAUGGAGGAAGAAAUUCGACAACAGAGUGAUGAGGUCCUCACUGUCAUCAAAGCCAAAGCCCAGUGGCCAGCCUGGCAGCCUCUCAACGUGAGAGCAGCACCGUCAGCUGAAUUUUCAGUAGAUAGGACACGCCACUUAAUGUCCUUCCUGACCAUGAUGGGCCCUAGUCCCGACUGGAAUGUGGGCUUAUCUGCAGAGGAUCUGUGCACCAAGGAAUGCGGCUGGGUCCAGAAGGUGGUGCAAGAUCUGAUUCCCUGGGACGCCGGCACUGACAGCGGGGUGACCUAUGAGUCACCAAACAAACCCACAAUUCCACAGGAGAAAAUCCGGCCCCUGACCAGUCUGGACCAUCCUCAGAGUCCUUUCUACGACCCAGAGGGAGGGUCCAUCACUCAAGUAGCCAGAGUUGUUAUUGAGAGAAUCGCUCGGAAGGGGGAACAAUGCAAUAUUGUGCCUGAUAAUGUUGACGAUAUUGUAGCAGACCUGGCUCCAGAAGAGAAAGAUGAAGAUGAUACUCCUGAAACCUGCAUCUACUCCAACUGGUCCCCGUGGUCCGCCUGCAGCUCCUCCACCUGUGACAAAGGCAAGAGGAUGCGGCAGCGCAUGUUGAAGGCACAGCUGGACCUCAGUGUCCCCUGCCCUGACACCCAGGACUUCCAGCCCUGCAUGGGCCCGGGCUGCAGUGAUGAAGAUGGCUCCACUUGCACCAUGUCCGAGUGGAUCACCUGGUCCCCCUGCAGCAUCUCCUGUGGCAUGGGUAUGCGGUCCCGAGAGAGGUAUGUGAAGCAGUUUCCAGAGGACGGCUCUGUGUGCACACUGCCCACCGAGGAGACAGAGAAGUGCACAGUCAAUGAGGAGUGCUCUCCCAGCAGUUGCCUGAUGACCGAGUGGGGUGAAUGGGAUGAGUGCAGUGCCACCUGUGGGAUGGGCAUGAAGAAGCGGCACCGCAUGGUCAAGAUGAGCCCAGCAGAUGGCUCCAUGUGCAAGGCUGAGACAUCCCAAGUGGAGAAAUGCAUGAUGCCCGAGUGCCACACCAUCCCAUGCCUGUUGUCUCCAUGGUCUGAGUGGAGUGACUGCAGCGUGACCUGUGGGAAGGGCAUGCGGACCCGCCAGCGGAUGCUCAAAUCUCUUGCGGAACUUGGAGACUGCAACGAGGAACUGGAGCAGGUGGAGAAGUGCAUGCUGCCAGAGUGCCCCAUUGAUUGUGAACUCACUGAGUGGUCCCAGUGGUCAGAAUGUAACAAGUCAUGUGGGAAAGGCCACAUGAUUCGAACCCGGAUGAUCCAAAUGGAACCUCAGUUUGGAGGCGCACCUUGCCCAGAAACUAUACAGCGAAAGAAGUGCCGCAUCCGGAAAUGCAUUCGAAAUCCAUCCAUCCAGAAGCUGCGCUGGAGAGAGGCUAGAGAAAGCCGGAGGAGCGAGCAGCUGAGGGAAGAGUCUGACGGGGAGCAGUUUCCAGGCUGUAGGAUGCGCCCAUGGACAGCCUGGUCAGAAUGCACCAAACUGUGUGGAGGUGGGAUUCAAGAACGCUACAUGACUGUGAAGAAGAGGUUCAAAAGCUCCCAGUUUACCAGCUGCAAAGACAAGAAGGAGAUCAGAGCAUGCAACGUUCACCCUUGUUAGCAGGGAUACAAGUUUCCCAGGGCUGCACUCGAGAUUCCAGAGUCACCAAUGGUUGGACUGUUUGCUUGUUUAGUUUUCAUUUUUGCAGUGUUGUUUGCCCAAUAGUCUUGUGGAUACCAGGGAUGUCCUUUGUGGAUACUUUUUGGUGGGUACAGGCCAUGUGGGGCUCCCUCAAUUAUGUUUGGCCCUCUUCCUACAGAAAAAUUAGUGUCAGUUGCCUUGUACUAAACUGAAGCAUGUUCCUCUGGAGCAUCCACCUGGCCAGGCAGGACAGAGACCCUGGCCUCCUCCACAUGGAGGGGGAACUGUGUCUGGAAAUGACUGUGUGCCUGGGUGCCAGGGUGCAGCAAGUAGUAAACACACCUGUCAGAUGAAAAGAACAGAUUCCCCUCUUUCUUAUCUUUGACCUGUUCAUUCUUGCAGAAAACUUCCAUUUGCCUAUCUCUCUUCAUUUAGUGGAACUUUAAGUCUCGUUAAGUCUACUCAGUCAUUAUAAGUUCUUGGGGGAAAAUGGUCCGAAGGAGAACUGAUAUGGGUAGCUUUUAUUCAUACACUAAGAAACUCUAUGUACAUUUAUCUUGCCUCCUAAUAUUGGCUCCUGAUACCCCAAAGGAUGAAAAUGAUGACUGUUGUAUUUAAAUGGAACCAGUUCUUACAUCAGUGUUGAAGGGUAUGGGUAUAGAAAGUUGUCUUCCCUUGGUUUUGCUUUGGGUUUUGGUAUCAUAAUUCUCCUAAGGAAGCUAGCUUUAUGAAUGCUUUGAUAAAAGAUCCUUAUUGGAAGCAAGGCCAAGGCACCCAAAUUUUCCUGCCAGUUCCAAACCUUGAGUUUUCAAAUCUUCCUAUAUAUCUAUCCAGACUUUGAAGUUUUCAAAUCAGUUUCUAAAAAGAAAACAUUUUAGUUAUACCAACAUUUUACUAAGUCUGCCCAAAGGCCCCCAUAUCAUUUCUUCAACAAAACUACCAUCUCUGAACCUAAGUUAUUUUUUAGUCAUAAAAUUUUAUAUAGAGAGAGAAAAAGACUUGACAAAAUCUAGAGAAAAAAAUAUUAUGGAAUCAAGCUGAAAUUCUGGUACAAAGACAAGCCUGUGUCAGCUUUCUACACCAGGGCUCUGGUUCUCAUGGAUAUGAGAAAUCUACUCCCUUCUAAGCCAUUAUAAGCACACCAAAUUCAGGGAGACUGACUACCAAUGAUUAGUGUAAAAGCACUAUUUUCUCAGUUGAGCCCACUGACAGUUUUUGCUCAUGCAUUUAUUGUUAAAACUAUAGUUUCACUUCUUUUGCAGGCCUUUUUUUAUUACUGCUUAAUCCAAAUAUAUACCAUGGGCGAGAUGCAUACAAUGCUUUGGAUAUGCUACUUUUAAGAAUUUGCAUUAAAUACUUCAGGAUAUUUCAAACAACACAUAUAUGCUAUAGCCCUGAAUAUGUAUUUUCUUUUAACACAAGAGAGACUAUUCAAUAAAAAACUCAUUGGGUCUGUUGUUUGUGUUUUUAAGCUAACUAAAUGUGCAAAUGGUUGGAUACUUUAACAAUUGUUAUCCAAAUCAAUCAUUUUCAGUAAGAUAUGGGUUUUACUCUAUCUGAAGGGGCUAUUACAGCCCUGAGUUACUCUGGAGUUUUGAGUUGUUUCCAAUGUUAUUUUUUAAAAAUUCUUCAAUGAAUUGCUCUCUUCCCCCAAAGGAGCAUAAUAUUUAAAAAAAAAAAAAAUAGGAGGUUUAAUUUUCCACUUUGGGCAACAACAACAAAGUCCUGCUAUAGAAUCUGCCCACUUUUGCAACAUCUAGCUAUCUUGAUAUUCAAAGUUCUCUAAGAUGGUGAUGCCUAAGUAACUCUAAGACAAGCUGCCCUAGUGUCUCAUGUUCUUAUUUGGUCCCUGUUGGGUACAUUUUUAGUCUUGAUUUUGAAGAUUUAAAAUCAGGUAAUUGGUUAAUGGCUAAGAACAGGUAACAUGCUUCUCUACACAAGUGUUUUUUGUUUGCAUUGGGGAAUUUAUAAAAAGUGUCAAAUCUCUUUCUUACCAAAGUCUUCUGUUAGUUGGUUUAUAGUUUUUCUGGCUAAUCAUUUUGGAAAUAAAGACUUUUUACUACAAAAAUGCAAUCCGUUUGAACUUCCACUUGAGAUGGUAAAGAUUAUAAGAAAAACUGCCAAAUAAAAAACAGAUAUAAUUGUA